AUGCCAACGAAUUAUUCCUCAAUGUUGCAACAUUCUCUCCUUCUCCUUGGACUUUCCUUCCUUUUGAUGGUCGUAACUACCAGUAUUGGAAUGAAUGUUGUUUGGGGAGCUAACCCUGAAAGUGGUCAUGUGAAACACAUUGUUGCUUUCCGAUACGCCCAAAACGUCACACAAGUUGAGAAAGACCUCGUCAUGAAAACUUACUUUUCACUCAAAGAUCGAUGUGUCCUUCCUACCAAUGGAAAACCUUACAUUCUCGCCAUGGAUGGAGGUUAUCCCAAUUCACCAGAAGGUUUCGAUCAACACAUGGAACAGAUUUAUAUUUUGACAUUCAAGAAUGUUGCAGAUCGAGAUUAUUUCGUAGGAAGACCUUUCCAUUAUCCCUAUGAUCCACUUCAUGAUGCUUUUAAAAAGAUGGUCGGUCCCUAUUUGAGAACACCCAUUUCGGAAGGGUUAAUUGUGAUGGAUUUUACUGUCCUCAAUGAGCCCUAA